GGGGGCAACAAAUAACGACCGCUUCGUACGUCCGGAUGCAGAGCCUCCUGCGCAGCGGCCAGUCGUUAUAAAUCGCGAACGUCGCUCUGCGGAAAUCUCUCGCCCUCUCCGUCGCCACUUCUUGGUUUCCCCUCUCUCUCUCUCUCCCUCUCCAUCCCCUCUCUUCCAUUUCGUUUCGGCUCAUCGUUUUCACCCCCAGAAAGGGCGAAAGAAAAAGCUCCCAUCUUGCUUCUCUGCCUCUCUCUGUGUUUUUGUUCCUGUUGUUGUUCUUGUCGUGUCGGGUUCAUUGCCCCUUCUUCUUUCUCUUUUGUCCGUUUGUGGUUCUUCCGGGAUCUUGAACUGGUCCGAGGAAGACAGAGGACGAGAACUUUGUCCGUUCAAAUCUUUCGCUCGUUGCCCAAACCGUCGUCGAGAAAGAACAAAAAAUUUCUAGAUCGCGAGGACUUAGUUAACAACAGGGCGCUUUGGGAUUUGAAGGAUUCAAGAAUAUCUCUAUCUGUCUUCCAUUCUUUUUCUGUGGACCCAUGAUUCGGGGAGCACGGCUUUGAGGGCUCGCGGUUCUUGUGACUUCUCCUCCUCCUCGUUGUUCUUCCGCAUUGGGCUCUAAACAGAGGCGAACCCCAGAAAGAAAAAACGAAAACUUGGUUUUGUGCCGGACGAACAUGUCAACAAUGCUGGCUCGGAGAGGCCGACACCGGCAGCGGUACGAGAACAACUUGCGGCUUGUUUCUGGAUGCAUUCCCUACCGCCUCACAAAAGGAAAUGACUGUCAGACAGAUAACUUGGAAAUCAGAAUCGAAGUCCUUAUGAUCUCAUCACCAAAUCGUGAUGAUCUAGUCUUUCCAAAGGGUGGAUGGGAGGAUGAUGAAACUAUUGAAGAAGCCGCAUGUCGUGAAGCUUUAGAGGAAGCGGGAGUAAGGGGAAACCUCAAUGACACACCAUUGGGGGUUUGGGAGUUCCGAAGUAAGAGCAGACAGGACGUGUGCAGUCUAGAAGGAGGCUGCAAAGGUUAUAUGUUUGCAUUGGAGGUUACUGAGGAGCUAGAGACGUGGCCAGAGCGUGAAAAUCAUGAUAGGAGAUGGCUGUGUGUAAAAGAAGCAUUUGAACUCUGCCGCUACGAGUGGAUGCGCAACGCACUGGAGAAUUUCCUGAACAUGCUCGAAGAAAAUGGGAAACAUGAAUUCGAGGCAAUGGAAGAGUUGAUCGAGUCCCCUUCCCCGACCGUCUCGGAUUGCCAAAUCCUCACACCCAACUUGUGUAUAGAUCACCCUAAUAGUGCCCAACGCCACGGAAUGACGUUCUCUUGGCUCAUCGCGGUGAAGGGCUUACCGUUGUCCUGAAUGAUGCUGACAUGUCUCUGGACUUGUAAUUAUUAAUUUGUGGGUUCCAAAUUGUUAGCUAACCUGCUCGGUUCGGGUUUUACUUGUGUAUUAGGUUCUCGUGUGUGUCCUAGAUCCUAGUGUGCCGAGUUUGUCCUUCCAAAUGUGAAAAGGAUAAAGAGUUUGUGAAGGAAUAGACCGUUGGCACUCUUUUUCUAGAUUCAUCAAGAAAAGUGUUCAUUUCUUCAA